ACACUCAAUCCUUUGUUUCUUUAGUCUUUAAUGGCUUCCAUGACUGUGCUCUGCAUUGUUUCCCUCAUUGCAUUCUCCACAGCUUUCGUUGUCGACGCAACUUCUCAUGUCGGGCCAUGGAAGAGCGCCCAUGCUACUUUCUAUGGUGGUGGUGACGCCACCGGAACUAUGGGAGGGGCAUGUGGGUACGGAAAUCUUUACAGCGAUGGCUAUGGCAUCAACACGGCGGCGCUGAGCACUGCUCUCUUCAACAAUGGUUUAAGCUGUGGAGCUUGUUUUGAACUAAAGUGCGUAAACACCAAAUGGUGCCACUCUGGUCGUCCCUCAAUCUUUGUUACCGCCACCAAUUUUUGCCCCCCAAAUUGGGCUCAAGCGAACGACAAUGGCGGCUGGUGCAACCCUCCUCGCGCUCACUUUGAUCUCUCCCAGCCUAUCUUCCUCAAGAUCGCCGAGUACAGUGCCGGCAUUGUCCCUGUUGCAUAUCGCCGGGUGCCAUGCCGGAAGAGAGGAGGAAUGAGGUUCAAGAUCAGUGGAAACCCCUACUUCAACUUGGUUCUGAUCACCAACGUCGCCGGUGCAGGAGACAUUGUGAAGGUGAGCGUCAAAGGUUCCAAAACUGGAUGGAUGCCAAUGAGUCGUAACUGGGGGCAGAACUGGCAGAUAGACACCGUCUUGGUCGGACAGUCGCUCUCCUUCAGUGUCAAAACCAGUGACGGUCGCACCACUACUUCUUGGAACGUCACUCCUUCCAAAUGGCAGUUUGGUCAAUCUUACACUGGAAACAAUUUCAGUGUCUGAUCAUAGUUUGGUAAAAAAACUUCCAGAAUCAGAGUAUGAUUAUAAUUAUACUCGUAGUAACUAUUUUAGUUUAUUGAAAAAAGAAAGGUAUACUAUUGAGAGGUAAUAGCCCUCAACAGAUAAAGAUUAUACGUUGUGUCAUGAAUCCUUGACAGUGAAAUCAAGUUCUGGUAUCUUUAGCAGUGUAUAUUUUUCACUCCAUUCAUACAUCAAGUAGAACAAUAUCCCAUUUUCUUUACUUCCCAUUUCUCAGCCUCAAACUUAAAAGUUAGCAGCCUUUACUCAUCUCUCAGUCUCAAACUUCAUAGCAGGGUUCAGGGUUUAAGGCCAAUAUCUCAAAAAAGGGUUCAAGAUUUUCAAGGCCAGAUUUUCAACCAACCGAACAUUGUGCUCCGCUUCCAAUUGCACAUACAAUGGAAAAUGCAUAAAUGAAUCCAAAACCAGGAUCACAAAACAAAAGAAAAUCAAUGAAAUUGAAGAAAUGUGAGAUGGAACCAGUA